UAUAAAAGCUUUCACAUCAGUCCUUGGUCUUGGCUGUAUUUGAAGAAGCUUAUUUCAAAUUUGUGUCUCAAGGUCGGUGGACUUCCAGUUUUAACUGUUUUGUGACUGUAUUCCUUUCUUACAUGUUUUGAAAUGGUCACAUGAACUCCUGCAGAAUGGUAUUUGCACCAUAUCACCUUCUAUUCACUAAGACACUUUAGGAGAUACUAUUCAAAAGAAAUUUAAAAAUAAUUUUUAAUUUAAAAAUGAAUCUCAUUGUGAAGGUUCGAAGAAGCUUUCGAACAUUGAUCCUUCUCUUAGCCACCUUCUGCUUGGUAAGCAUUGUCAUUUCUGCUUAUUUUCUCUACACGGGCUACAAACAAGAGAUUACACUUAUUGAAACCACUGCAGGGGCAGAAUGUGCUGACUUCAAACUUCUACCCUAUCGGUCAAUGGAGUUGAAGACUGUCAAACCUAUUGAUACAUCAAAGACAGACCCAACAGUUCUCUUGUUUGUGGAAAGCCAAUACUCUCAGCUUGGUCAAGAUAUCAUAGCCAUCUUGGAGUCCAGUCGAUUUCAGUAUCAUAUGGUCAUUGCUCCAGGCAAAGGAGACAUACCUCCUCUUACUGACAAUGGCAAAGGAAAAUAUACUUUGGUUAUCUAUGAAAAUGUUUUGAAAUAUGUUACCAUGGACUCAUGGAAUCGAGAGCUUUUGGAAAAAUAUUGUGUGGAGUACAGUGUUAGCAUAAUUGGUUUUCAUAAAGCUAAUGAGAAUAGCUUACCAAGUACAAAGUUAAAAGGUUUUCCCUUGAACCUUUAUAACAACAUAGCCCUAAAAGAUUGCUUUAUAAACCCUCAGUCUCCUUUGCUGCAUAUUACCAAAGCACCAAAGUUUGAGAAAGGCCCGCUGCCUGGUGAAGACUGGACUAUUUUCCAAUUCAAUCAUUCAACCUACCAACCUAUUCUCUUAACAGAGUUACAGACUUCAAAACUCUUUGAAGUUCCCUUAUCUAGCACUAAUGUGUAUGCUACAGUGAUUCAGGAUUUGGGGCUUCAUGAUGGGAUUCAGCGUGUCCUUUUUGGAAAUAAUUUGAACUUUUGGUUACACAAGCUCAUCUUCAUAGACGCCAUCUCUUUCCUGUCAGGGAAGAAGUUCACAUUGUCAUUGGACAGAUAUAUCCUUGUGGACAUUGAUGACAUCUUUGUUGGCAAGGAAGGAACAAGGAUGAAUGUCAAGGAUGUAAAGGCAUUACUAGAGACUCAAAAUUUACUGCGCACUCAGGUUGCAAAUUUUACCUUCAACCUUGGAUUUUCAGGGAAGUUUUACCAUACAGGAACAGAAGAAGAAGAUGAAGGGGAUGACCUCUUGCUGCGAUCUGUGGAUGAGUUCUGGUGGUUUCCUCACAUGUGGAGUCACAUGCAACCCCAUCUCUUCCACAAUGAGUCAUCCCUGGUGGAGCAAAUGAUUCUCAACAAGGAAUUUGCACUAGAGCAUGGAAUUCCUAUCAAUAUGGGCUAUGCAGUGGCCCCACACCAUUCAGGGGUCUACCCAGUACAUAUACAACUUUACGAAGCUUGGAAAAAAGUCUGGGGUAUUCAGGUCACAAGUACAGAAGAGUAUCCACAUCUUAAACCUGCACGGUACAGACAAGGCUUCAUCCACAAUGGCAUCAUGGUGCUCCCUCGACAGACAUGUGGAUUAUUUACCCACACAAUUUUCUAUAAGGAAUACCCAGGAGGACCUCAAGAACUGGACAAAAGUAUCCAAGGAGGGGAACUUUUUCUUACUAUCCUUCUAAAUCCUAUCAGCAUCUUCAUGACCCAUUUGUCCAAUUAUGGGAAUGACCGCUUGGGGUUAUAUACCUUUGUGAACUUGGCAAACUUUAUUCAAAGCUGGACUAACUUGAGACUGCAGACUCUGCCUCCAGUACAGCUGGCUCAUAAGUACUUUGAACUUUUUCCAGAGCAGAAAGACCCUCUCUGGCAGAAUCCAUGUGAUGAUAAACGACACAGGGACAUCUGGUCCAGAGACAAAACUUGUGAUCAUUUGCCAAAAUUCCUUGUGAUAGGACCUCAGAAAACAGGGACAACUGCACUUUAUUUAUUUCUACUUAUGCAUCCUUCUAUCAUCAGCAAUCUUCCCAGUCCAAAAACAUUUGAAGAAGUUCAGUUCUUUAAUGGAAACAACUAUCAGAAGGGAAUUGACUGGUAUAUGGAUUUUUUCCCCAUUCCUUCUAAUAUUACCAAUGAUUUUCUAUUUGAGAAGAGUGCCAACUAUUUCCACUCAGAAGAAGCUCCCAGGAGAGCAGCAUCUCUGGUUCCCAAGGCCAAGAUCAUCACCAUUCUUAUUGAUCCUUCAGACCGAGCAUACUCCUGGUACCAGCACCAGCGAUCUCAUGAGGAUCCAGCUGCCUUGAGAUUUAAUUUCUAUGAAGUUGUUACAACAGGACAUUGGGCCCCCUCUGAAUUAAAAACACUACAGAAGAGAUGCCUGACCCCUGGAUGGUAUGCGGUCCACAUAGAGAGGUGGCUAACUUAUUUCUCUACUUCUCAGUUGCUGAUUAUUGAUGGACAACAAUUGAGAUCUGACCCAGCUGCUGUGAUGGAUGAAGUGCAGAAGUUUCUGGGAGUUACUCCUCAUUACAAUUACUCAGAAGCUCUAACGUUUGACCCUCAAAAGGGCUUUUGGUGUCAGCUACUAGAAGGAGGAAAAACCAAAUGCCUUGGGAAGAGUAAAGGGAGAAAAUAUCCAUCAAUGGAUCUAGAGUCUAGAGCAUUCCUCUCCAGUUACUACCGAGAUCAUAAUGUGGAACUGUCCAAACUUCUGCACAGACUGGGGCAACCUCUGCCAUCGUGGCUGAGACAGGAACUGCAGAAAGUAAGAUAGCACUGGAAAGAAGGAUCAGCUUUAUAUGACAAUUACCUUUAUAAAAAUAAAUCUACACAAGAGGUGUAUGCACUUGUGAUUGUCAAUAGAGGGCUUUGUGCAUAACUUUCUCUCUGUUCUCAAAAGAACUAAAAGAAGACAAGAAGAAAUAUGAAGAGAAAAGAAAAGGAAAAUUUACUAUAUAUGCACAUACUGAUUAAUACUGAUUAAUCUCUGAGUCAAUUUUUGAGAAACAAUGCAAAAUGCAUUAUUUGACAUUCAAUAUGACUCAUUAUAUUCUAUUUUCUGUUAAACAGAAAAUUUCCAAAACUGAAUGUACAAUCAACAACCUUUACCAUUUUAAAAAGUCCAAUUGCAAUUUGUCAGACUAAGAGCAAGGGCCUGAAAUGUCUAUCUAUAUAUUUUGAGAUUGAGAAUAACCCCAUGUUUGAAUUCAGUGACUCACUGUUUUUUCCUUUCAUAUUAUCUACUUAAUUUUGAUAUAAUUUAUUUUUUAAAAAUUAAAUCUCACACUCCAUUUAUUUUAUUUAAACUUUCAUGACUUAUGGUCAUUAGUCUCCCUAGUACUUUGCAUUUCUUCCAGUGUUGCUUGAGACCCUCAAUAAAUUCUUCUGAUUUACUAAAGAA